AUGUAGUGCAGUUGCAUCAGACUCUAUAUUGCACUGUAGCUACAGUGAAACAACAUUAGAUGAAAUGGCCGAGUCACUCAGUCACUCCCCCUCGCUUGAUUGAAUACCUUUGGCAAAACAAAACUGAGCUUUGACUUGAGAAUGAUGCAAUGUAGUGCAGUUGCAUCAGACUCUAUAUUGCUAUAAUAGUACUGUAGCUACAGUGAAACAACAUUAGAUGAAAUGGCCGAGUCUGCUCCCCCUCUAGUUUUGGUGACUGGUGCCUCUGGGUUUGUAUCAACAUGGCUGAUCAAGGAGCUCCUGGAGAAGGGAGAGUACAGAGUGAGAGGCACUGUUAGGGACAAGAGCAAAGAAGAGAAGGUCAAGCCUCUCCACGAAUUGGUGCCUAAUGCAAAGUAUCCUCUGGAGCUGGUUGAAGCUGAUCUAAACGAUAAAGAUUGCUGGGGACCUGCUGUCGAUGGAUGUUCCUACGUUUUCCAAGUUGCUUCCCAUGCUCCCCCUGACUGUGAACGUGAGGGAUCAGUAGACGAGGAUAAUCUCAUUGCGCGAGAAUUGGAUGGUGUAGUCAACGUUCUCACAGCUUGUGCCGAGAGUGGAAGCGUUGUCAAGCGUGUAGUGAUGACCAGCUCCGUUGCUGCAAUCUCCUCUGGUAUGGGAGGUAACCCAGGGCGACCUGAUGACUAUGAAUACACAGAAGAAGACUGGUCUGAUGAAGAGUCCUGUCCUCCAUUUGAGAAGAGUAAGCUGAAGGCGGAAAGAGCUGCUUGGGAUUUUGUCAAUAAAUUGGAAAACAAGAAAUUUGAGUUUGUUGUUGUAAAUCCAUCGUUUAUCCAAGGCCCAUUAUUGAGUGCUGCAUCUGGUGCUAUUAGCAUUGCACUAGCUAAGCUGUUGCUUGAACGUUUAAUGCCCGCUGUACCAAAUGUGUGUCUUGGAAUUGUUGACGUCCGAGAUGUUGUUGCUGGCGAAAUGGCUGCUAUGUUCUCGUCAGACGCUGCUGGAAAACGAUUCAUUCUGAAUGGAGGAACAACAAACUUUCAAGAUUUUGCUGUGACUGUACAAGAAGAAUUCCAGACACAAGGGUACAACGUACCUACCAGUGCCAUACCCAAGUUUAUUCUGUGGGGUCUCAAGUUCUUUGUUCCAGCCAUUAAAGCUGCCUACCCUGGUAUCAACAAGAGCACAUCAUGGAGUAAUGAACGCAUGAAGAGUGAGCUUGGAGUGACCCCUCGACCCAUCAAACAAGCAAUCAUUGAUACCUGCUACAGUAUAAUAGAGCUCGGACUUGUUGCCAAGGCUCCUGGAUACCUUGGACCCCCUGAGUUGAGAAACAAUUGACACUGAACACUUCCUACAUAAUGAACAGACUGAAAUUUUGUAUUGGCUUACAUAUGUAUCCACCCACAUUUAUGACACGCACUGAUAAAUAAACGUAUUCAUUGUGCCAUUUGUGGUACCAUUACUACAAUACCACAAAAAGUGA